AACAUCUUAAGUCUUCAGCUAACUCACUUUUAUAACACUCACUUAUCUCGUCCAUGAGGAAUUAUAUUUUUCUAUAGUUCAAUUCUCUGGAACAUACCUAGGUAUUCGGUUGUGGAUGUUUUAGUACUUAUCACAUAAGUCGGGAUUAAUAAGCCAAUACCUAGGCUCCUCUUCUGGAUAUCGAUCGUUACAUUCUAGUCGGCAUAGUCAGCCUCUCAGAGGUCGACUUUUAUAUCCCAUAUCAGUGGGAUAACGAUUCGCAUUGGAAAUGUAGUAUCUGAUCUUAUUGAAUCAGCCACCCCCUACGGAACCCGCGGGUGCCGAGAUUCACCUAAAUCUUCCGGAGAAGAGCAUGAGGUCAACUUAAACCCCGAGAUUCGAGUUUUUGGACGUGUGCAGGAGUUAAUACCUCACGUUUCCGGUUAUAAGCAUUGCAUAUGCUAGCGAGUUGAUUACCGAACAAUCCCAACUGUAAAUACCUACCUAGCCUCUUUACGCCUGUUAUGGAGGCUGAGGCGUCCGAUGCGAAUGGUGGGUCCGGAUCUCCAGGUCCUCGGAGAGCAUGUGACCAAUGCAGACUCAGGAAGAUACGCUGUGACAAGGAAUCGCCAUGCUCCAACUGCCGUAGCGCUAGGCGGUCAUGUAGUUCUACUGGCGCUGGUCAGAAACCCAAGGAGACACGGCAGCGGGUACUAAUAUCUAGCCAAUAUGAGCGGAAGAUUGACUUAAUUGAGGAGCGGCUCGGCGGUAUCGAGACCCUCCUGAGAAACCUAAGCCCAAUCUCAGCGCCUAAGACACACGACAAAGAAACUUUCACAUAUCGAUCACCCGAAAAGCUGACCCCUUUAUCUUCUAACAGUCGAGAUGAGGCAUCAAGCACCAUCUUUGACCCCGAAGAUGCAGGAGACUUCGAAGGUAACUCGUCCUUGGCAGCACAUACUGUCUUCGCCAGCGAGUUUCUCGAGCAUGCCGUGCAGGGGACCCCACUGCAGCAGCAAGGGAACGUCCCUAAGAUUGACACCGCACUAUCAUCACUACGUAAUAUGUUAAACAUACAUAAGACUCAGCGUGCUAUAUCAUCGUUCCACGAGUUGCGUUUACCCGGUUCAAAGCCGACUCCAAAGAUUAACUUACACGAUCUACCUCUGCCUCCCAUGUCACUUGUAGCAGAGAAAAUACGAGAAAUGAAGCAUGGCCCGGCCCCGAUGAUGCUUGCUAUUCUCUACUGCUUUAUGGAGGUUGAUCGCUUCACUGAUCAAUGCAGACGAGUUUAUUUCAAUACUGGCGACGUCACGGACGCUACAUAUAUCCUCGUCAACUCUGGUCUCGCCUAUAUGUUUUUUGAAGCAGGGCUUGGCGCAAAAGACCCCGAGGAAAAGGCUCAGUACCAUUCAUAUUACACUAUGUGCCAGAAGAACUUGGAGGUUGUCCUAUCGCAACUAAAUCUUCUCAUGCCGGCGACACUAGAGAAUAUAGAAGCUUUACUUAUGGCGGCAAGUUUCUCCAUCGAUAUAUCACGGCCCUCUCUAGCUUGGCUUUUGGCUUCACGGGCCGCACACAUGUGCAGGACACUAGGCUUACACCAGAUGCACACCAUGAAAGACGAUAGCGUACAGAAGAAGUCCGAUAAGUCGCUACUAUUCUGGUGCACUUAUAUGCUCGACAAGGGCCUGUCUUUGAGGUUAGGUCGAGCAUCUGUCCUUCAGGACUACGACAUAUCUCUGCCACAUAUAGCCCCCGAAGCUAAGGCGGCCUAUCCAGGUACAGAGGUCAUGACACUGUGGAUAAAACAUGCGCAGGUUCAGGGCCGUAUCUACGAACGCCUGUACAGUCCCGGUGCUCUGCGGCAGUCAGAUAUGUACCGUGUCGAGCAGGUCGGUAUAUUAUCCGCAGAGCAAAAGAACCUAAUGGCUCAAAGUUUGGAGCUCUACGAGGAAUUCAAAGCAUCUGAGACAGCUGAGGGUCGCAUGUUCGCCAUCGUGCUCAAAUCUGACGAAGUUUCAUACCUUUCGUCAUUAGCCCUGACAUAUCGCGCGAUGCCGCCUGCAGGUACACGCUCUCGCACCUUUUCGGAUGAGUGCAUUGACUCCGCACGAGCAGCAAUGACUGGUCACCAGGAGGCAAUGGCUAUGAUGGACGACCAAUCUCUAAAAAUCGUGUAUAUCCACUGGACGAUUCUCUACGCACCAUUCAUCCCAUUUAUCGUAAUCUUCUGCUUAGUGAUUGAAACAUCGAGCGCGGAGGACCUGCAACGACUAGGCGAUUUUGUGCAGUCGUUGGCAGCGGCGUGCGAUCUAUCGCAUUCGAUUUUCAAACUGCACCAGCUGUGCCAAGUUCUAUAUAAUGUCGCGCAGCUUUACAUAGAAGCCAAGGCGCAGCAACCCGUGGAUCAGGAUAUGGUGCCGGUAGGCAACGAAUUCAAUAUGUAUCUCAGCCAACUGGGGCUCAUGCCCACGGACGAAAGCAUAGCGAAUUUCGAUGUCAGCGGUAACGGGAAUAUCGAUGACCAGGCGAGGUCUAUGGCGCAGACAACACAGUUGGGGGACUGGUUCUCGGGGAAUAAUUAUAUGCUGGGUUUGUUGGAGGAGGAUCUUUCAGGGAUAAAUUCCACGGGUUGGCCGUCAUGAAUUGUUUCAUCGGGAAAAUAUUUAAUGUGGAUAGAUAGGUACGAAAGGGUGUACGUAAUGGUAGGCCGGGAUAGUGACAUUCGAUCAUGGCUGAGAUUCCUUCUCAAAUAUGUCUUGGUAUCUCUAAUUCUUGAUAAAGGUUUCUUCAUCGCGAGAUAGAUAAAAUUCAGGUUUGACGAAUA